AUGCUCCAUCUCAAGAACCUCGCCGUGUUCCUGGCGGCCCUCGCCCCCUUUGCCGCCGGUGCACCGAUCGACAAGGAGCCCCAGGUCAAGGUGGCGGGCAAGUACAUUGUGACUCUGAAGCCGGGCAUUGCUGCUCGCGACAUCGAGUCGCACAUGGGAUGGGUCAACAGCGUGCACAGGCGCAACGUGGCGGACGGCAAGGAGGUGGCGGGGGUCGAGAACAAGUUUGACAUUCUUGACUUCCACGCCUACGCCGGAGAGUUUGACGAGGCCACGCUCGAGGAGAUCCGCAACAGCCCCGACUCCAGCGCCCCCUGGGGUCUGGCCUCGGUCUCGAGCCGCAGCAGCGGCGCCACCACGUAUCGCUACGACAGCAGCGCCGGCAGCGGCGUCUACGCCUACAUCGUCGACUCUGGCAUCAACACGGCGCACGUCGACUUUGAGGGCCGUGCCGUCAAGGGCUUCAACGCCGCCGGCGGUGCCAACGAGGACACGCUGGGCCACGGCUCUCACGUGGCCGGCACCAUCGGUGGCAAGACCUACGGCGUGGCCAAGUCGGUCAACCUCGUCGACGUCAAGGUCUUCACCGGCCGCAGCGCCUCGACCUCGACCAUCAUCUCGGGCUUCAACUGGGCGGUCAGCGACAUCCAGUCCAAGAACCGCGUCGGCAAGGCCGUCAUCAACAUGUCGCUUGGCGGACCCGCCUCCACCGCCUUCAACUCUGCCGUCAACAACGCCUUCUCCGCCGGCAUCCUCUCCAUAGUCGCGUCCGGCAACGACGGCGUCCGCGUGACCAACGAGUCGCCCGCCUCUGCCACCAACGCCUUUGUGGUCGGCGCCAUCGACAACACCUGGCGCGAGGCCUCCUUCUCCAACUUUGGCGCCGAGGUCGACAUCCUGGCCCCCGGCGUCAACAUCCUGUCUUCGUGGUACAACUCGAGCACCGCCACCAACACCAUCAGCGGCACCAGCAUGGCCACCCCUCACGUCGUCGGUGUCGCCGCCUACCUCCUCGGCCUCGAGAGCAUUUCUACCCCUGCCGCCCUCCGCUCCAGGAUCAUCGCCCUCGGCACCACCGGCAAGGCUCUGGGACUCAAGAGCCAGACCCCCAACAGGAUCCUGUUCAACGGCAUCUCUGCUUGAGUGCUGUGGACUGGAUGUAUGAAUCAUGUUUUAAAUAGAGAUGGGUUUUUGGUUGUAUGGGAGUGAAAUGGAC